AUGUCUCGCGCCGCACAGCCGCAGCCGGGUGGCUCUCGCAAGAUAUCCUUCAACGUAUCAGAGCRGUAUGACAUUCAGGAUGUUGUGGGCGAGGGUGCGUACGGUGUUGUAUGCUCGGCGCUGCACAAGCCAUCCGGCCAGAAGGUGGCCAUCAAGAAAAUUACACCGUUCGACCACAGCAUGUUCUGUUUGCGUACGCUCCGUGAGAUGAAGCUUCUCCGAUACUUCAACCAUGAGAAUAUCAUCUCCAUUCUCGACAUUCAGAAGCCAAAGAGCUAUGAGACCUUCACCGAAGUUUACCUCAUCCAGGAGCUGAUGGAGACGGACAUGCACCGUGUCAUUCGCACCCAGGAGCUUUCGGACGACCAUUGCCAGUACUUCAUCUACCAGACUCUCCGCGCACUCAAAGCCAUGCACUCUGCAAACGUCCUCCACCGCGACCUCAAGCCCUCGAAUCUGCUCUUGAACGCGAACUGCGAUUUGAAGGUGUGCGACUUUGGUCUCGCUCGCUCAGCCGCCAGCACCGAAGAUAACCAAGGUUUCAUGACUGAAUAUGUUGCCACUCGUUGGUACCGCGCUCCAGAGAUUAUGCUUACAUUUAAGGAGUACACCAAGGCUAUUGACGUCUGGUCAGUGGGCUGUAUUCUAGCAGAGAUGCUGAGCGGCAAGCCGCUCUUUCCCGGGAAGGACUACCACCACCAGUUGACUUUGAUCCUGGAUGUGCUGGGUACGCCAACCAUGGAGGAUUACUACGKCAUCAAGUCGCGUCGUGCGAGAGAGUACAUUCGAAGCUUGCCGUUCAAGAAGAAGAUCCCGUGGAAGGCCAUGUUUCCCAAGACUUCAGACUUGGCUCUCGAUCUCUUGGAGGGGCUCCUCGCCUUCAACCCGGUCAAGAGGAUUAGUGUGGAGGACGCACUCAAGCACCCAUACCUAGAGCCAUAUCACGACCCAGAGGACGAGCCAAACGCAGAUCCAAUCCCGGAGGAGUUCUUCGACUUCGACAAGAACAAAGACAACUUGUCCAAGGAGCAGCUGAAGAGGCUGAUCUACGAGGAAAUCAUGCGCUGA